GGGUAUAUUGCAUUUUUGGUCUUUCAAUGUAGCUAAAACAUUUUCGGGAUAAUGACUUGAGAGGGUGGACAAUGAGAUGGCAUGUAGGCCCCGAUUUUGCCUCCCAUCCUCAUUAAAGUUAAGAGUGAAGUCUCGUUUGGUCCUUAAAUUCGAUUAGGGCACCAAGUCUCAUUAACCCCCGAUUUUUUCUCCUUCAAUGUUCAAUCGGUCUCUUUAAUGACUUCAUCUCAAUGUCCCAUAGAUCGAAACUUCAUUGUAGUGGAUUUCCACUAUAAUGGAACGUUUGCACCCAACCCAUUAGUAUACUUUUGAUCCCGACAAACAAUCAGUAGGAGAUGUUGACUUCAGUGCAUUUGAGUACGAGGAGUUCAUGGAAUUCCUUCAAAAGCUCACCAGAACUAGAAGCAAAGACAUUUACUUCUGCCUUCCACAAGAGUCUUUAAGUCAGGGAAUUCAUACACUGGUGAAUGACGGUGAUUACAAAGAAUUUUUGGAUUUGGCUUAUGCAAAUGAGAGGAGAAUGAAUGUGUAUGUGGACCACUAUAAUGAACCAAUCUUCGAAUGGAUUGAGGAAGAGGAAACUGAAGAUCAAGACUACAGCUGUGAAGAGGAUGAAGACUCAGUAUUCUCGGAGACUUAUUCUGUUGAUCAUGAAGAAGAUGAUGUUGAAUAUCCAUUCCCAGCCAACAAAACCAAGGGUGACAGGUUCUUAAACAAACUUUGUGUAGACACAUUAGAUGAAGAUGUUGAAUAUCUUGAACCUCGAUACCCUGUACAUGAUGAUAGACAACCAUGGAAUCAGAUGAAACCACUGUUAGGUAUGCGAUUUUCUAACCCUGAUGAGCUUAAAAACAUGUUGAGCAACUAUGCAGUUGCUAAUGGAUAUGAUCUCUGGUUUGAAAAAAAUGACUCCCAAAGGUUGUUAGUUAAGUGUUGCAAAAAAACCAAGUCACCUAAUUGUCCAUUUAGACUUUGGGCCUCUUGGAUGAGUAAAGAGAGGACUUUUCAGAUAAAAUCUUUAGUUAGUGAACAUAAUUGUAGCAGGGUGUUUAAGUUUGGGUCCAUAGUAACUUAUAAGUGGUUAGGAAAACAGUUUAUGAGUGAAAUUAUAGAGAAGCCAAAAAUGAGUGUUAGGAAGAUGAAAGCUAAAGUUUCAACAACAUUCAAUAUAAAUGUGAGUGAGGGGCAAUGCAGAAAUGCAAAGAAAUUUGCAUUACAAGAAAUUGAAGGAAGUCUAAUUGAACAUUAUGGGAGAUUAUGGUCAUAUGGUCAUGAAAUUCUGAGGACAAACCCUGGGUCUACUGUGAGGAUGGAUGUAGACAUCAUGCCAGAUUCCACAACUUUUUUUUUCUAAGUACUAUGUCUGCUUUAAAGCUAUAAGUGAUGGUUGGAAGGAAGGGUGCAGGCCUGUGAUUGGCCUUGAUGGUUGCUUUCUAAAGGGUAUUGUUAGGGGAGAAGUUUUGGCAGCUGUAGGGAGGGAUGCAAACAACCAAAUCUACCCUAUAGCAUGGGCUGUAGUUGGAGUUGAGAACAAGGCCACAUGGAAGUGGUUCAUAGAUCUCCUCAUGGAUGAUAUUGAUGGUGGUCUUGGUGCAGGCAUUACCCUUCUUUCUGAUGGACACAAGGGGUUGCUAGAAGCAGUAAAAGAAAGGUGUCCAGAAGCUGAACACAGACAAUGUGCCAGGCACAUUGUGGCUAAUUUUGCUAAAAGGUUUACCGGUCAACAUUUCAGGAAGCUUUUUUGGAGGGCUGUUAGAGCUAGUACUGAACAAAAGUUCAAACAUGUAAUGGAAAAGAUCAAAUCUUUAGAUACUCAAGCAUAUGAGUACCUUAUAGACAGAGAUCCUACUACCUGGUCUAAGGCAUUUUUUAAAGAGGGCAGAGAUUGUGAUGCAGUUGAGAAUGGGGUGAGUGAGAGUUUCAAUUCUGCUAUUAGGCAUGCUAGAAGGAAACCAAUCAUCACUAUGCUAGAGGAGAUUAGGAUAUUUGUGAUGGAGAGGAUAUACAGUCAAAGAGUAGAAGGAAUUGAAUGGGAUUUGAAUAUCUGUCCAAGUAUUAGGAAGCGUAUACAAGAUUUGAAGGUUAAACAGAGAUUGUGGGGGGUUACUCCUUGUGGUUAUCAAAAGUAUGAAGUUAGGUUCAAUGAUGCAGCAUAUGGAGUGGAUCUGAUUGCAAAGACUUGUGCAUGCAGAAUAUGGCAACUUACAGGGAUACCAUGCUUACAUGGAGUAGCUGCAAUCUCUUCCCUGAAUCAAGAUGCAGAAACAUAUGUGUCCCAAUCAUACAGUAAAGAGGCUUUUCUAAAAUGCUAUAAUUAUAGCAUUAACCCUCUCAAUGGUAGUGAUAUGUGGGAAGAAGUUCCUUAUCGAAAGCCUUUGCCUCCCAAAAGAAGAAGAUUACCUGGUAGGCCAUCAGUGAAAAGGAAGAGGGAUGCAGUGGAAAGGGAGUUGAGUGGACCAGUUAGACAUUCUGUGACAAGAAGGGGAUCCCUGAUAAAGUGUAGUAUUUGCAAGGAACCAGGUCAUAACAAGAUAAAGUGUCCAUCUAAGCAGCAAACAAAUACAUCAGUUCAUCCAGGGGUAGUGGAGCAGGACCAAGUCAACCACCAAGUUCAUCAGGGGGUAGUGGAGUAGGACCAAGUCAACCACCAGCAGCAUCCCAACCACCUCCACCACCACCACCACCACCAGCAGCCCAACCACCUCCACCACCACCACCAGCAGCAGCCCAACCACCUCCACCACCACCACCACCAGCAGCCCAACCACCUCCACCACCACUACCACCAGCAGCCCAACCACCACCACCACCACCACCACCACCAGCUGCAAGGCCUGUCCCAAGAAGGGCCCCAAUUGGUAGAACUAGACGGAGGAAAUAUUCUGAAAGGAUUGUCAAAAUGGCAUUGAGGAGGAACAUACCUGGGGUUGGGAGCAGUGCAGAGAACCCUGCAGUCCUUAAUUAAGUAGGUGUGUAGGUAGUGGGUGGGCACAUCUUUUGUUAUCAAGUUGUGAUGUAAAGACAAUACUAUGUGUUAUUUAUGCUUUUCUUUUGGGUUUGUGGGCACAUGGUUGGCCUUCUUUUGUGGUCCCUAGAAGGAAUCUUUUGUCCUUAUGUAUGCAGACAACUACUCAGUACUCACCCUUUAUUUAAUUUAGAAUAUUGAUGGAGUAUUUGCAA